AUGACCAAAGAAGCCAUGUCGCCCAAUCCUUUGAACAUCUAUACCGGUCUCAACAGUCUUCGAGAGUACCACAAUCCAGACUCCAGCCCUCCUCUUCCUCUAGUAGAGCUCUCUCCUUGUCUGAACCCAUACUAUGACAAUGGAGUCCGAAUCUACGCGAAGAUAAUGACCGCACUGCCAGCUCACAACGUCAAAGCCCUCCCAGCACUCAACCUUCUCCGCGCCGGGGUCGGUUCCAAGACCGACACAGUCAUUGAAUACAGCUCUGGAUCGACUGUUAUAUCCCUGGGAAUCUUGUCACGCGUUCAUUAUGGCAUCCAGGAUACACGGGCGUACCUCAGCAAUAAGACCCAUCUGACCAAGCUUCGAUUGAUGCAGUUUUUCGGACUGAAAGUAAAAUUGUUCGGAGGCCCUUCGACGCCCGAUGCAAAUGAUGAAUAUGGUGGCGUGUAUGCGGCCGAAGAGGAAGCUCGCGAAAGUGGUAAUAUUCUGAAUCCAAAUCAAUACAAGAAUGACGCGAACUGGAAGUCGCACACUCUCUGGACUGGUCCGCAGAUACUCAAGCAGUUGCCGCAAAUCAAUUUGCUUUGUGCUGCAAUGGGGACCACUGGGACCAUGAGCGGAUUGGGUACGUAUUUGAAAGGCGAGAAGCCUUCGGUCUUCUGCUUAGGUGUAUGCAUUGCCCCUGGCAAUGAAAUUCCGGGGCCGCGAAUGUACUCGAUGAUCCAACAGAUUCCUUUCCCGUGGCGACACAUCGUGGACGCUGUCGAAGAGGUUAAUGCCGCCGAUGCAUUUGCAAACUCGGUGAAGUUAUCACGGGAAGGAAUUGUUUGUGGGCCUUCUUCUGGGAUGCAGUAUACAGCGCUAUUACGUUUCCUCAAAGAGAAACUCUCCUCCCAAAGUCUGCAAUCCCUACAAGGCCCCGAUGGUCUGACACACUGUGUCUUUCUUGCCUGCGAUCUGCCCUACCAGUACCUCGACGAGUACUUUGACAGACUUGGGACGGAACAUUUUCCAGCAAUAGAGAACGAGUUCCUCCUGGACGUUGACACUUACUCCUAUGAAAGUGUCUGGGAAGUUCUUCCGUCGGACCUACCCACUCUUCUUGAAAUUGAAACCACCGAUUCCCAAAGCAACGAUUCGGCAGGAUAUCCAGAACAGAAGGGGGCUGCUAAAACUGUCAGAGAACUGAGCGCUUUCUCCCCUACAACCAUCAUUGAUCUCCGAGCGGGCUCAGAUUAUGAUGAAUCGCACAUCGAGCAGUCGAUCAAUAUUUCUCUGCAGACUUUAUCGAGCAAGACUGAAAGCCCCUGGAAAAACCCGAAGAUCCUGAAGCAGCAGUGGGAAGAGUUGGAUGGGCUUCUGUCUCAACACAAUUCCAUCAUCAAGACCAACCGAGUGCUACUGAUUUGCUACGAUGGGUCUGUGAGCAGAAUUGGAGCUAGCAUCUUACGUGCCAAGGGCGUGGAGGCCUUUUCCUUGCGAGGGGGCUACAGGGGGUUGUAA